GGGCGUAGUGCGCAGGCUCCAGCCCGGGUCAGCGGGUCAGCGCGUUUGACUGGCUGUCUGGCCUCCGCCGCUCGCGGUAAAUGGCGCUGGUGGCGGGAAAGUUGAGUGUCUGGUUCGUCCAGCCUUCGGGGCGAUGUGUAGUGACUUCCGCAGGGCCGAGUCUGGGACGGAGCUCCUUGCUCGACUUGAAGGUAGAAGUUCCUUGAAAGAAAUAGAACCAUAUCUGUUUGCUGAUGAAGAUUCAUCUGUGCAUGGUGGUAUUCUUGAAUUUCAUGGUCCCGAGGGAACCGGAAAAACAGAAAUGCUUUAUCAUUUCACAGCACGAUGUAUACUCCCAAAAUCCGAAGGGGGGCUGGAAGUAGAAGUCUUAUUUAUUGACACAGAUUAUCACUUUGAUAUGCUUCGGCUGGUUACAAUUCUCGAGCACAGACUGUCGCAGAGUUCGGAAGAAACGGUGAAGCGCUGCCUGGGAAGGCUGUUUCUGGUGAACUGCACGAGCAGCACGCAGCUGCUCGUCACGCUGUGCUCCCUGGAAACCAUGGUUUGUAGCCACCCUGCCCUCUGCCUUCUGAUCUUGGACAGCCUUUCCGCUUUUUACUGGACGGACCGCGUCAACGGAGGAGAAAGUGUUAACUUACAGGAGCGUACGCUGAAGAAAUGUGCUCAGUUCUUAGAGAAACUCGUAAGUGAAUAUCGCUUAGUUCUUUUUGCAACAACACAAAGUAUAAUGCAGAAAACCUCAAACUGGACAGAAGGGCCUUCUGCCUUUACCCGUCCGAGUGAGGCAGAUGUGGACUACAGACCCUAUCUCUGCAAGGCAUGGCAGCAAGUAGUCAAGCAUAGAAUAUUUUUCUCCAAACAAGAGGAUUUUAAAACCAGCAACCAGUUUUCUUUAGUUUCACGUCAUUUAAAAAGUAACAGUUUAAAAAAGCAUAUUUUUAUUAUUCGAGAAAGUGGCGUUGAGUUUUGUUGAUAUGUAUCACAAAACAGUGGUUUUCAGGAUGUUAUGCAAUAUUUUAAAAAUCUUUAUUGGGCUAAAAUGAUUUGAUUAUAAAGCUUUAAACUCUGGGAGAAUUAAUAUACAUGUUUCUACCACAGAAUGGAUUUUUUUUUUUUCCAGGAUGGAUUUCUUAAGCUAGUACAGUAAAACUUUAUUCUGUUCUUAGGUUGUUGAAGAUAAAUCAAAGUGCUGGUAAUAAUUAAACUGCAUAUUAAGCUUGUUUUAAAACUAAAUAAAUAAUCUACAUAUUGCAGCCCAAAUAAAAUGAACUUUUUUAUAACUGUGUCACAUUUCUGGAAUUUAGUUAAGUACUUAAUUGUUUAGGAAAGUUUAAAUGCAUUUCUGAUUUCUCAUAUGUAAGUCCUUUAGGAAGCUGUAACUUUGGGAAAUGUUUCUGUAGAGCGGUUAUUUCUGCAGAGGGGAUGACAACAAGGAGCCUGCCCAUCUGCCUGUCACACCAAAAGACUAUGGAAAGUCAGCAUUUUGAUCUGAGUUAGAAUGAGUCCAAGAUGGAGUUGCAUUCUGGUUCAGUCUCUGUAUAAUUUUUUUAACACAGGGAAAUAAUAUACCCAUUCAAGGAAUUCUGUAAAGAUUGUUUUGAAAUUUUCAUCUCCUCAUGAAGUGAUAGACAAAUGCUGAAACCGCAUUAGAACUGUAUGUUACUAGUAUGUUCUUAGCAUAGUCCAGCCAUACCAUGAAAUGAAUCAAAUUAUUUCCAGUGGAGAGCUGGACAAGGCUCUGUGUACUUUGGCCAAGGCAUGGCCAGAAUGGGGAGCGUGCACCUCGAGGGGUACACAAGGUAAUGUAUUGUGGAGAGGAAGAAAACCUCAGAACUUCUGUUUAUACAUUUUAAUAUAAGAAAAGAUGAAAUUGUAUCAAUAUUUGAUAUUCAGAUUGACUCUGGUGCACUCAUCGAUCUAUGUGUCAGGUGGUCAUCUGUCGCAUACAUAUCUAAGUAUCCUGUGGGGAAGUGGAAAGAAUUGCCUGUGAGGUGUUUGUGGGUAUGUUUAUUUAUACAUUACCAAUUUAGUUAAAACUAACUGUAAAUUAACCUAUCUAACAAAGAUUCUUCUUAAGGGCUUAGAAAGAACCCUGCAAAGAAAUUAAGAUUGAAGUUAAUAUUCUUUCUGAUGCAGGGACAGCAGAGGUGGCAUAUGCUGUCUGUUUCCUGCUCACAGACCCUGAGCCUCUUUUAGCUUACCUGCAGUUGCCAAAACCCACGGGCUUCUGGAGGCGUCUGCUGGCUGCCAGAGCCUACUGGGCUGCAUGUGGGCCAGGCCGGGCAGUUCUUAACCAGUGAAGGGCAGGAUUUGGUGUGUAAACACUCCAGCUUCCUUACCCCUCAGCUGAGAGGACACUGAGGUUCUCAGAGAGUGAUCCCAGUAGGAUUGGUUCCCAUUGCUUACAGCAGCAAUCCAUUUGCCUUCUGUCCUUCCCUCUCACUUGACUCUCAUGAGGUCUUCUGGGCUUGUCUCCCUAAUGAAGGACAAGUCCUGGUCUAGGAGCUCCUUCUGUUGUGGGUCGAGGGGGAACCAGACUGUCAGUAGACAAUAAAAAGUUGUCAGACAGCCCUCCUAGGCCCAGUAUUUGCGCUUCAGCCACAUGUGAAAUUUAACACGAUGGUGGUCCCAAUGGCAAUCAAGUCAAGUUAUGCAUGAUCACAUUUCUGUCAUUCACACUCUCACAUCCAUAUGCCCUCAAAAGAUUUUAUUUUGCCACUAAUAAACUUUAAAAUAUUUAAGAAUAUGACCUGUUAUAUCCCUAGUUCAUCCUUUUUCACUUUGUAUUUUUGUGGUUUUUAUUACAUGUUACGUGUAAGUAAUUUAUAAAUGUUUGUAUGUUGGAGGAAUUUGUUGAUUUCCCUCUGGAUAACCGUGUCAUCAGUAAGAUUGAGAAGCUCUUGGAGUGUCUGGGUGGCUCUGUCAGCUGAGCGUCUGCCUUGGGCUCAGGUCAUGAUCCUGGGGUUCUGGGGUCCCCUCCAUUGGGCUCCCUGCUCAAUGGGGAGCCUGCUCUUUCCUUUCCUCCCUCGCCCCCCCCCGCAUGUGUGUGCGUGCGCACGCUUUCUCUAUCAAAUAAAUAAAAUCUUUUUAAAAAAAUAAGAUUGAAAAUCUCUUGGUCUACUCUAAGUUACGUCUCUUUUUAGCUAUUCGGAAAAGAUAAUGAAAAUUCCUUACCUUCCCUUGUCUAGCUCUAGGUAUAUGCAUUACACGUGUGUAUGAAAAACUUAGAAAUUCUUAGCAGAAGUCUAUCCUUGUUUCCAUUUCUCUUCUAUAUAAAUGAAGUAUUAACUUAAUGGACUGUUAUUCACAGAUUUAUAACUUAUUCUUCAGAACAUGAUUAAAAAAUAAUGAACUUUUAUAUUAACUUAAACUAUCAAUUACAUAUUAAUGUGUCAGACCAAAGACUUAGUUAUCUUAAAAAGAUUUGUUAUCUGACAUGUUGGAAGGAAUUAAGAAUCCUGGUUAAUAAAAAAAUUCUUUCAAACUAAAAGUUAUACCAAUGGGAUUUCUUGAACUCUACAGAAAAUUUAAUACUUAUUAAAGAAUGAGGCUUACAGGGAAAGAUGGUACAACCUAAGUUACAGAUAGCAGAUAAGGGAGUACUGGUUAGAAACAGAAUAAUGGAGUGAGGGGUUACAGAUCCUAGAGGGUUCCAUUUACCUGUAAAAAAGGGGGUGAACUUCUUGGAAUCAUGGUGAGAAUCUAGUGAUAGAAAAUUUCAUAUAAAAGGUAUUUCAGACAUUCAUCUGAUAAUGCGAUACAAAAUUAAGAUAGUGCUUAGCUUAUUGCUUCCUUUGUAUACAAUUUUGAGCCUUCAGCUAUCAAAUGCUGUAUUAUUAAUACCAUUCCAGGAAAUUCUGAUGCAGACACUCUGCUUUAUGGAUUGUCUAAGAAGGUGAAAGGCCGAUAUUUUCAGAUGAACAAAACUGAGAAUUUGCCACCAAAAUUGCCUCACUAAAGGAACUUCUAAAAGAUAAACUUCAAGGAGCAGGAAUAUUAU